AUGCCGAGCCCAAGCCUAACAACAGGGAAGGGUGGAUCACUUGCAGCCAGAUCCCGCAGAACAGCGAUCCUAAGCAUAUUCGCUAUCAUUGGCGGUAGCUGGCUCGCUUUCCGAGCGCUUUCGCCACGGAGAAGCCAAGCGUAUGUGUCAGAGGGCGAUCACCGGGCUCAGAACGAUGAGGUUAUACUUGGACGCUCGAAGUUCGUGUCGGAAGCUGAUCGAGAAACAAUGAAGGGUGGAGGGACAGGCGAAAAUAAAACUGGCCGUGCACCACGUAAGGGGCUUACGACUCCUUAA